UCUCAACCAAGAAAAAAACACCAUGACAACUUAACAACAACAUAUACAAUCAAACAACCCAAAACCAGACAAAAAAAUCCAGAUUGAGAGGAGACGAAGAAGAGAGCGUUUGCACAUAGCAAUAUUCUCUCUUUUUUGGAUCUCUCAAUGCAAUCAAUCAAUCAUUUGAUGAAAUAAGGACACCCAGAUAGAUAGUCCUUGAUUUCAUUGUAUAAAUCUAUCUUUUGUCACAAAAUGGCUGAGGAGAGUAUGAGCAGGGUUCGAGCAUUUUCGUCCCCAGAGUUAGCUCAUUCUUCCGCAAAUGUACCUGAAAGACCUGAAGAUUAUAGCUUAGAAGGAAUUGCUACAAAUAUUAAGUUACUUCUAAAACUAGUCCAAGAUCAUUCUGAUGCAUCGACAAGAAGCAAUGACGAUCGAAAACUGCAAAGGGUAGCUGGAAUGAUGACCAUUCUAGACGAUGUUAAAUCUCGAAUAGAGAAACAUCAGUCGUUUAACGCCAGAAGAAAGGCUGCAUUUCGCCGAUGCAACACAGAACUCAGGCCUAACCAUCCCAUGAAUGAUAAAAAGCCUACUGACCUAAUAACAGAUGAGAAGGAAAAAUUAAGGAAACAACUCAGCGCAAGCUUAGCAGCGCGAAAGAGCCUUGAAAUGAUGAUCUCAAGCUUGGGGAAGGAGAAGAAGAUUAUGGCAUCAGAGCUUGCAAGGAAAGUAGGCGAAUCGAAUGAGAUGGAAGAACUUAUCAGCAACCUUAAAUCGCAAAACGAGAACUUGCUGGGAAAGUUACAAUCUUGCGCUAAAGAGCACAAGGAGAAGAAGUCAUCAAGCAGUGGUGAUAUUCAAGGGAAUGCAGCACACCAGGAACGUAACAAGGCAUUGUCAGAGCAACUUCUGAGGUCUCUUGACGGGUAUCGACAUUUAAAGAGGAAAUACACAGAUCUGAAAAAGGAAAAUGUAGCUCUUCACACGACGCUGGAGGAAUUGGGGGCGGAAGUAAUGUCUGGACUUCAGCGAGUGUAUAGUUUGAAGCAAAUGAUCAGUAAUGGCAAUCAUGAAGCUGUAGAUAUUGAAGGGGAUAUUUCAGCAUUAGAGCAUACAUUCAAAAGCUUAAACAUGAAGAUGUCAAAAGGAUGAGCAGAAGAAGAUAACUGAACGAGCUAUACCAAAUAGAAAGUCAUAAGAGUUUUUUGCACCGGCUAUUCAUGUGUGAUUAACUAGUUCAGUUUUCUAGCUCAAGUCUGCUGAAUCCAAAUAGUAAUAUGUAUUAUAUCCUCACUACCUAAUAUUGCUUAGUUACAUCCUGUUUUCACUAACUUUUUGACCCAGAAACCCUAUGUAAUUGUUGAUUAUUGCUUCCCACUUACAAGUUACAACUGCUAUGUUAUCAGAGCUUUUACAAAGAAACUUCUGCAUCUUUACUUGCA